AUGGACCUGGCGAGAUGGUGCUCGAGGCUGACCCUGGAAUUGUUGACCUCGAUAGAGUUGAUUCUGGUUGCCGAGAAGCUGAUUCUGAAACUGUCGAACUCGAUAGAGUUGAUUCUGGUUGCCGAGAAGCUGAUUGUGAAACUGUCGAAUUCGAUAGAGUUGAUUCUGGUUGCCGAGAAGCUGAUUCUGAAACUCUCGAACUCGAUAGAGUUGAUUCUGGUUGCCGAGAAGCUGAUUCUGAAACUGUCGAAUUCGAUCGAGUUGAUUCUGGUUGCCGAGAAGCUGAUUCUGAAACUGUCGAACUCAAUAGAGUUGAUUCUGGUUGCCUAG